AUGUGCAUUUCAAGGGAUUCGGGGCGAUCGGCGGCGUUUCUGCCGCCAAGGAAGGAAGGGGAUGAGUUUCGUAACUCGAAGAAAUUGAAGGUAAUUGGAGUCGGUUCAAGGGCCUCCGAUGAAAAUUCUUUGCAAGAAUCGAAGAAAUUCGGGAUUUUGAGGAUUUCUGGUGAAGGGGGUUCGCAGAGAUCGAGGGUGAUGAAGAAGGUCAAUACCGAUCCUUUUGAUUAUGAUUCAUCACAAGAGGUGGACGAUUUGGGCGUGCCGCCUCGGAGGAAGGGGGGGGGGAGGAUAGAGUUGAGUGACUUGGGUAUUUCUCAGUCAAGAGAUCCCGAAAGUCAAGGUGAUGGCUGGGAUCUUGGUGGGGAUUUUGGGAAAUCUAGGAAAAGGGCCAGGGGUGAGGUUAAUCCAGAUCCAUAUGAUUAUAAUUCAUCGCAGGAGUUGGAGGAACAUGUGGUUCCACCUCAAAGCAAGGUCAGGGAUGAUAAGGUUUUUGAUUUCACAGAGGAUGGGGAUUUAUGGGAAUCGAAGAAGUCCAAGAAUCUCGAUCUUGAUUCAUUUACGUUAGAUUCCUCUCAGGAGUUGGGUAAUUUGGGUACUUCUAAGUCGAGAAAACAUGAAAACAAUGAGUCUGGGGAGAUGAUGGAGCAUGAAGAUGAGGUGAAUUUUGCAUUGGAUGGGCUGAAGAAGGGGCAACCAGUGGCAGUUCAUAGGGCGAGCCUUCUGUCAUUGCUAACAAUUUGUGGAACAGCGCAGCAGAGGCGGCUUUUGAAAAUGCAUGGGAUGGCGGAAAUUAUCCUCGAUGCUGUUUUGGGACUCAAUUUUGAUGAUAUGCCAUGUAACGUUGCUGCUGCAGCUUUAGUUUAUGUUCUGACGGUUGACGGUCGAAAUGAUCAUCUUCUGGAUUCACCAAGCUGCAUCCAUUUUCUAAUAAAAAUGUUGAAACCACUUUCACCUAGCGUUGUCAAGGAAAAAGCUCUACCUGUUGGUAGCAAGCUUCUAAGCCUGUGCAGGAGUGUCGGUUUGUUACAGGAACCAGCCAAGGGAACAGAUUCUAGCUCUACUGCAAUCAUGCUCCAGGUUCGGGAGAUCCUUGUCAAUUGCAAGGAAAUGAAGUCAAGAGAUGACAGUCAUGGUGGGGUAGAAGAACCAGAGUUGAAUCCUAAAUGGAUUAGUUUGCUUACAAUGGAGAAAGCGUGCUCAUCUCGUAUCUCUAUUGAAGGUUUAGAACUCGUUUUACUUAACUUAUGUGUUUCAUUACUGAGGAACUCUUCACCAUCCAAUUCCAAAGAUGAAAAGGUGGGCUGUAUUCCUUACGAGGGCAACCAUUUCGAAGGCCUUUCUGGCUUAGGUUUAACUUCUCAGGAAAGUUUUACCCAGCUCGACGUGAUCAGAUCGAGCGCUGGACCCACUCAAUGUUCCGCUGAUACCCUGUUGCUUAAGCUGAGAGCCGAAUCCUCCAAAUCAGGAAUGUGUGGCGGGACAUCAAGGGAAUCUGAUAGGAUGGUCCGCACGAGUGGUAAUUCAGGAAUGGACGGUCAGGAUCCUUUUAUGUUUGACGAGGAUGACUGUGAGCCCUCAAAGUGGGACGUAAUGUCGGGAAGCUCGAAUAAGCCGUUGUCCCAAGGUAACAGGCAAAGUGGGAGUCGAUUAGGAUUUGAGAGUCACCCUGUUCUUGUGGCCAGCCAGCAAGAAUCGAAUGAUGUAGGAUAUCGUCAUUCGCAGGAGGCUUCUUGUUCUUCGGCUUUUGACGAUGAUAAUAAGUCUAAUCUCCUGGCGGAUUGUCUACUCACGGCUGUCAAGGUUCUUAUGAACUUGACGAACGACAACCCUGACGGCUGUCGGCAAAUUGCCACCUGUGGGGGAUUAGAAAUAUUGUCUUCUCUGCUUGCUGGUCAUUUUUCGUCAUUUAGAACUUGUUUGCCGCAUUCUGAUGAUGCUAGGGAUAGUAUCUCAUCAUCUAAAUCGAGUCCUAAGAGCAGUACGCCUCUCACUGACCGAGAGCUAGAUUUCCUCGUUGCUCUUUUGGGUUUGCUUGUGAAUUUGGUGGAGAAAGAUAGUCGGAACAGAUCUCGGCUUGCAGCGGCUACUGUUUCAUUACCAAACCAGGAAGGUUCGGCCUCGAAAGAUCAAAGUGAUAUUAUUUCUCUACUGUGCUCAAUCUUCUUGGCUAAUCAAAGCAACACUGAUGCCACCAGAGAGGAGACAUAUUUGUCUUGGGCUGAACUGAAGGAGAAGAGCCCAAUAUGUGUUGCACAUUCUGAAAUGAACAGCCCAAUAAGAGCUGAAGAUGAUGAAGGUUACAACCCAAUAAGGGCUGUUAAUACUAAACUGUACAGCCCAAACAGGGUUGUAAAGGCUGAAGUUCACAGCCCAGACUGGGUUGCAAAUGGUGAAAUGGACUGUCCACUUAUUGCUGGAAAUGGCUGCAAGGAAUAG